ACGGUUGGUGGAAGACGAUAACUGGAGCGUUCAGAAUGACGGGUACAAUAUUAGAAAAUCUAAGUGGCAAAAAAUUGGGCAUUUUAGUCGCUUGUCUGCUGUGCAUGCAGUUUUUUUGUUUUCUUCUGGGUGGACUUGUAGCCCCCGUACCAGCCAGCGUGCAGACGAUUCUCGCAACUAUAUGUAAAGAUAUUCCAGGAUCGCACAACGAUACCACAGUAUGGCUCUAUUCCAGGGGCGAUGAUCGCUGUCAGAGCUUGGACCAUUUUGAUAUUGAAAGUGACGACAUGCGAAUGGCGAAUCAGAUUGUUUUCGUAUUCCAAAUGCCUUUACCCCGCGAAGGACGUCAACUAGAUUAUUCUCGGUGGCAACAGAAUUUGAUUGGCGUAUUACAGACGGAUAUUGCAUUUGAAGCAAAUGUACUACAUAAACCGCAUUCCAAAAUUACCAUCGACGCGCGGCUUGCGUAUCGGAAUAAGGAUGAUGGCCCGGACCAGAGUUGGAAAUAUUUGGCGUCUUCGAUGGAAGAACGCGAUCUCGAUUGUUUUGCCAACAAUGCCACUGAUGACUACCUGUAUAGCUGUAACACGAUUCCACUGUUUGAGCUCGGUUCGUUGCAUCACGAUUUUUAUCUCCUCAACGUCCGCCUACCCGUCGACAGUGAGCGUCGAAUGAAUAUCGAAAUUGGGCAUAUUAAAGACUUACAUCUUUCGGUGAUCUAUCAGAAUGGUGGUUUCACCAAGGUUUGGGUCUCGCUUAAAACGGUGUUUCUUCCUUUGAUCGUGUCGAUCAUGGCUUGGUUUUGGCAACGAGUGCAUCUUCUACAGCGCAAACCGGCUCUGUUGGAGCAGAUGCUGUUAUCGCUAGGCUGUGCAUUAACAGUUCUUAAUGUACCAUUGGAGUAUUUGACACUGUUUUUCGACAUGCCAUUUAUGCUAUUGUUAAGUGAUAUUCGCCAGGGGAUCUUUUACGCUGCACUGCUAUCCUUCUGGUUAAUUUUUGCAGGAGAGCACCUACUGAUCCAAGAAACAGGAGAAAAAUCGAGUCUUAGAACAUAUUGGAAGCAUCUGAGUGCUGUAGCUAUCGGUUGUGUGUCGCUUUUUUUGUUUGAUCUAUGCGAACGAGGUGUGCAGCUACGUAAUCCUUUCUACUCAAUUUGGGUUUCAAAGAUUGGAGCAAAUGUUGCACUUGGUUUCAUAAUUUUGGCCGGAGUUUCGGCAGGAUGCUACUUUUUCUUUCUGUGUUACAUGAUCUGGAAAGUAUUUUGUAAUAUAAACUUAAAGCGUACCUCGCUCCCCUCCAUGUCAUCAGCUCGUCGGUUACAUUACGAAGGCAUUAUUUAUCGUUUCCAAUUUCUAAUGUUGGCCACGUUGUUGUGUGCAGCAAUGACUGUGAUUGGUUUUAUUAUUGGUCAAGUUUCAGAGGGUCGUUGGAAAUGGGAUGAAAAUAUUGACCUCGAAUUUACCUCUGCUUUCUGUACCGGCGUGUACGGCAUGUGGAACAUUUACAUCUUUGCCCUGAUCGUGUUGUAUGCUCCGAGUCACAAAAAGUGGCCUACCAAUGAAACUACGGCAAAUUUUUUGACUGUUUUAGAGAACAUCAUGAGCGAAGAAAUUGAAUUUAGCAAUUUACCAUCCGAUUCAAACCCGAGUGAAAUAUCAUCCUUAACACAGUUCGCUAGAAAAGCAGCCCAGGAUUAGAAUCGGGAUUCGAGCCAUUAAGCUGAUAUGCCAACAUAUUCUUUACCUUGUUUCCUAAUCGUCGUAGCCAGUGUGUAUAGAAUCUUCGAAAAGAAAAUGCAUUUACUUAUUCACUAGCAUGCAGAACAAGAAUCUUUCGACGUCGCUUUAAUAAUAAGUAGUUUGUAGUAGAAUCAAAAACUGUAUGAUUCAUAUGCCAGUAUUAACAUGCAUAACCAAGUAAUAGAAAGUAAAAUCAUUUUGUCCUCCGGUUUAUCCUUGAAUCAAGUAAAAUAUAUUCGAUUUGUGUAAUAUAUGUUCCACCUUUUUUGUCACUUAAUAAUUUUCAACCCAAUUGGAUAUAAUGAAACAAUGAUUGUUAAGGCACCCUAUCAAUGAACAAUUGUACGUUGUUUUGCAUUAUCGUUUUUAUUUGCAACAUGUUUCGUGUAUGCAAUUUUUGUA